AUGGUAUAUGAAGCUAAACCAUUUGAUCCAAUCACUGUGAAACCAAACGAAAAAAAACGGGUAGCAUAUUUUUAUGAUGCAGAUGUAGGCAAUUAUGCAUAUGGGGCAGGCCACCCAAUGAAACCACACAGAAUAAGAAUGGCUCACUCUCUAAUCAUGAACUACGGUCUAUAUAAGAAAAUGGAGAUCUAUAGAGCCAAACCCGCCACAAAACAAGAAAUGUGCCAGUUUCACACAGACGAAUACAUAGAUUUCUUGUCCCGUAUCACUCCUGAUAAUUUAGAAAUGUUUAAAAAGGAGAGUGUCAAGUUUAAUGUUGGUGAUGAUUGUCCAGUGUUUGAUGGUUUAUAUGAAUAUUGUAGCAUAUCCGGUGGUGGUUCAAUGGAGAGUGCUGCUAGACUAAAUAGAGGCAAGUGUGAUAUCGCCAUCAAUUAUGCCGGUGGCUUGCACCAUGCUAAAAAAUCUGAAGCUUCUGGGUUCUGCUAUCUAAAUGACAUUGUGCUUGGUAUCAUAGAACUCUUAAGAUACCACCCAAGAGUCCUUUAUAUAGACAUCGACGUACAUCAUGGUGACGGUGUAGAAGAGGCGUUCUACACAACAGAUAGAGUCAUGACCUGUUCAUUCCAUAAGUAUGGUGAAUUUUUCCCUGGGACGGGUGAAUUAAGAGAUAUAGGUGUAGGUUCAGGGAAAUAUUAUGCCGUGAAUGUACCUUUGAGAGAUGGGAUCGAUGAUGCAACUUAUAAAUCAGUGUUCGAGCCUGUAGUAAGCAAAAUUAUGGAAUGGUACCAACCUUCCGCUGUUGUCCUACAAUGUGGUGGUGAUUCUUUGUCUGGUGACAGACUAGGUUGUUUCAAUUUAUCGAUGCAAGGACAUGCCAACUGUGUCAAUUUUGUUAAAUCCUUCAACAUUCCAAUGAUGGUGGUAGGUGGUGGUGGUUACACAAUGAGAAAUGUGGCAAGAACAUGGUGUUUCGAAACAGGUCUGCUAAAUAAUGUCAUUUUGGAUUCUGAAUUGCCAUAUAACGAUUAUUAUGAAUAUUAUGGACCGGAUUAUAAACUAGACGUUAGACCGUCAAACAUGUUUAAUGUCAAUAGUCCUGAAUAUCUAGAUCAUAUUCUAACGUCAAUCUUCAAAAACUUAGAGCAUACUAAAUAUGCACCAAGUGUACAAUUAAAUCAUGUACCUAAGGAUAGAGAAGAUCCUGGCGAUGUAGAGGAAGACACAGAGGAGGCAAAGGAGACUAAAGGUGGAUCCCAGUAUGCUAGAGAUCAAAUAGUAGAAAAUAGAAAUGAGUUUUAUUAG